CGCACAAUCCUCCUCUCACAGUGGGUCUUUUCUGCACGCAUGGACAAGUGGAACUUUUGACAAGGGGAAAAUAACGGAAAGAUAAGAAAAAACAUAACCAGCUACUAUAAAAUUGAGUUUGAAUUUAUGAGAUAGCCUAUGUAUUUGAUUUGACUUGACGACCAUGAUCGUACCAGAUCAUAUCUAUAGAUAUAUAUCCUACAGACUGUUGAUGAAUGUAAAGCCCCAAAACAUAUCCACACAGAGAAAAUAUAUUUUUUCAUAGCAAUAGUUGGAGGCCUACAAGUCUGGACACUGGCCUAGAGAGUGGAUUGAACUCUGUUCAUUUUUGUGUAACUGAAAACCUUAGCUUGUUACGCCCAUGGCCCAAUGACAGCAGGCCACCCAUAAUCAUAGCGAAAACACCUUGGUCAUAAAGGCUACGUUGGGAGGGGUGCACAAUUACAAUUGUAUGACAAGCUAAACGGCAGCAAAAAUCUGGUUUGCUUAAACCUGGAACUCGAUGGAGUCCUGCCGACCCAGAGGUGGGGAUCCUGGAGGUGGUGCAGGGACAGGAGCAGUGGUCCUGAGCCCCCUGGAGAAACCUCAGUCUGAGGGAGACCUUGGGCCUGGAGGUGUGGGAGAACAGGGCGGUCUGGGUGAAGGAGGCCCAGCCAAGACUGAUUCUAAAACUUGCAAAGGAAGAGAUGGAAUGGACCUGUACUCCUUUGAUAGCUCCAAGUCUUCAGACAGUGAGGAUGAGGACCAGGACAAGAAGUCCAAGAAGAAGAAGAAGUUGAAGAAGCGAAAGAAGAAGGAUUCCAGUUCAACAUCAUCAUCAUCAUCAUCUUCCUCCUCCUCCUCUAGCAGCUCCUCAGACAGUGAGGACAGUGAGGAUGACAAGAAAAAGAAGAAAAAGAAGAAGGAGGGUGAAAGGAAAGACUCUGUUUGGGACAACAGUGUCAUAAUAGAUACUGGAGUCGAGGGAUGCACAGAUUCAACAUCAAUGCAAGGUCUGAAGGAUAAGGAGUCAGAUAGUGAAAAAGACAAGAAGAAGAAGAAGAAGAAAAAGAUGAAGAAGAAGAAAAUGAAGAAGAGCAAGGAUUCAAGCUCUUCAUCUUUAUCAUCUUCAUCAUCAGACAGCUCAGAUAGUGAAGAUAAGAAGAAGAAAAAGAAGAAGAAAAAGAAGAAGAAAAAGAAGACAAAGAGGAAGAGGGAUUCCAGCUCCUCAUCCUCGUCCUCAUCAGACAGUGAAGAUGAGAAGAAGAAAAAGAAGAAAAAGAAGAAGAAGCAGAAGACUAAGAAGGAUUCUAGUUCCUCCUCUUCCUCUUCCUCCUCCUCCUCUUCUUCCUCUUCCUCUGACAGUGACAAGGAAAAGAAAAAGGACAAGAAGAAGAAGAAAAAGAAGGAGACAAAUGGAGACGAUGAUGGCGGUGGCGAGUUGGACACCAUGAGACAGACAGCAGAUGGAGAGAAAAAGAAGAAGAAAGACAAGAAAAAGGAAAAGGCCUCUUCCUCCUUGGGUAUCUCUGAGGAUGAGGAUGCCAAGUGCAAAGCCAAAGAGGAUGUGUCUGUUCUCGUGACAACGGCGGAAGGAGCUGAGGUCCACCCUGACGGAAUCGAUGCCGGACACCUGAGUGAUGAUGAGGCUGAAGGAGGGAAAGCGAAAGAGAAGAAAAAGAAGAAGUUAAAGAAGAUGAAAAAGAAGAAGGUUUCUGAUGGUGAUUCCUCAGACAGUGAGGAUGACAAAGAGAAGACAAAGAAGAAGAACAAGAACAAGAAGAAGAAGAACAAAAAGGAUUCCAGUUCCUCCUCAUCCUCAUCCUCUUCCUCAUCAUCCUCUUCCUCAUCAUCCUCUUCUUCUUCUUCUUCCUCUUCAUCAUCCUCUGACAGUGAGGAGGAAAAAAAGAAGAAGAAAAAGAAGAAGACAAAGGACAAGAAAAAAGAUAAAAAGAAGAAGAAAAAGGAGGACAAGAAGAAAAAGAAGAAAAAGGAAGACAAGAAGAAGAAAAAGAAGGAUAAGAAAAAGAAAAAGGUAAGGAUUGGAUGGAGGGGAAAGACAGGGCAUGUUAACCUCUGGACUGAUUCUCAUUCUCGAUCAGAAAUUUCCAGAAGAACAUAAAAACUGUAGUUCAGC